UCCCGCCCCUCCCCUUCGCCCCGUCACUCUGGAAGCGCAGGCUUCCCACGGUGUUCAAAACCAGAAAGACAAACGCAUGCGCCUGCGCAGUUUCCCUAGUCGCUAUAGCGCCACAAGCGGCCGGAGGAGCGCAUCGCUGCUAGCUUUUGCCUUGUCUCUCAGUUCUUCUCAGGCCGGAGGGGGGAUAUUGGCUCCAUCUAAUGGGGGUGAGAGCGAUGCGGUGAAUCCGAGCAGGGAAGCAGCCGCUAUGGGGGCUCCAACACAAUAAACCCGAAGCCAGCCAAGUCUAGCUCUGCUAACCAAAGUCGGACGUGUCCUGAGGGCCGCUAGCGCCAUGGAAGCCGAGCUUUACUUCCUGAUCGCCCGCUUCCUACAGUCUGGCCCCUGCCGGAGAUCCGCACAGGUUCUGGCGGAGGAACUGGAGGAGUACCGGCUCAUCCCACCGCGCUUAGACUGGGAAGGGAAGGAACACCGCAGAACUUAUCAGGAUUUGGUGGCAGCCAAUAAACACAUCCCAUCAGACUACCUGCUUAAAAUCUGCGAGCGUUUUGGACCUAUCCUAGAUCAAGAAAUCCCGCAGAGUGUUCCUGGGUUGCAUAGUCUGUUGGGACUUGGAAAACAGUCACUGCUCAGAAGUAAAAAAGACUGCAAGAAUACACCAUGGAAAGGGACAGCUUUUGCAGCUUUGCACAGAGGGAGACCACCAGAACUUCCAGUCAACUAUGGCAAGCCCCUCAACGUUGUAAAUAUCACUUGCGCCAGAUAUCAGACUGGAUAUGCACAUUACCAUCGCAUAUUUCCAUCUUCAACUUAUCAGCAGAUGAAAAUGCACAAGAGGAUUUUGGGCCAUCUUUCAUCUGUAUACUGUGUGGCUUUUGAUCGCACUGGAAGACGUAUUUUCACUGGUUCAGAUGACUGUCUAGUCAAAAUAUGGGCAAGUGAUGAUGGACGUCUUCUUUCCACACUACGUGGCCAUUCAGCUGAAAUCUCUGAUCUGGCUGUGAAUCAUGAGAAUACAUUGAUUGCUGCUGGCAGCUGUGAUAAGGUGGUGCGUGUGUGGUGCCUUCGUACAUGUGCACCAAUAGCUGUGCUGCAGGGUCAUACAGCUUCUAUCACUUCCAUACAGUUUUGCCCAGGAACAAAAGAAAAAACAAGAUACCUCACAUCUACUGGUGCUGAUGGGACAAUCUGCUUCUGGGAGUGGCAUGCAGAUACCAUGACAUUUAAUGAUCGCCCUGUGAAAUUUGCAGAGAGGUCCAGGCCUGGGGUUCAGAUCUCCUGCUCAUCCUUUAGUUCAGGUGGUAUGUUUAUAGCCACAGGAAGUACUGAUCAUGUGAUAAGAAUAUACUACCUGGGAUCUGGUUCACCAGAGAAGAUAGCUGAAUUGGAAGCACAUUUGGACAAAGUGGUCGCUAUUCAGUUCUGCAACAAUUCAGAUCGAUUGUGCUUUGUCAGUGGAAGCAGAGAUGGCACUGCUCGGAUUUGGCAAUAUCAGCAGCAAGAGUGGAAAAUGACUGUUCUGGAUAUGACUGCCAAGAUGGCUGGAAGCAGUGUUAUAAAUACAGAAGACAAAGUGACCAAGCUUAAAGUCACUAUGGUAGCAUGGGACCGAUCUGAUUCUUCGGUUAUUACUGCUGUAAACAAUUUCUUUCUGAAAGUUUGGAACUCUCAUACUGGCGAACUUCUUCAUAUAUUGUCUGGCCAUGAUGAUGAAGUUUUUGUUUUGGAACCUCAUCCUUUUGAUCCAAGGAUUUUAAUCUCUGCUGGGCAUGAUGGAAACAUAUUUGUGUGGGACCUCGAAACAGGAACCAAAAUUCGUAAUUACUUUAACAUGAUUGAAGGUCAGGGUCAUGGAGCCGUGUUUGACUGUAAGUUCUCGCCUGAUGGUCAAAACUUUGCCUGUACAGAUUCUCAUGGACAUCUUUUACUCUUUGGUUUUGGUUGCAGUAAACCAUAUGAAAAGAUUCCAGAACAGAUGUUCUUCCAUACAGACUUUAGACCUCUAAUAAGAGACUCCAACAGCUAUGUUUUGGAUGAACAAACUCAACAAGCCCCACACCUAAUGCCCCCUCCAUUCCUAGUAGACGUUGAUGGCAACCCACAUCCUACCCGUUUUCAGCGCUUGGUGCCAGGACGUGAGAAUUGUAAAGAUGAGCAGCUCAUACCUCAGCUGGGAUACAUGUCAAAUGGCAAUGGCGAUGUGGUGGAGCAGGUCAUUGGCCAGCAAACAGGAAACCAGGAGGAAAGUAUUCUUGAUGGGAUAAUCCGAGAACUCCAGAGGGAACAGGAUGAGAGGCAUACAAAUGAAGCCGAGGAUGUGGAUACACCCAGAUAUAACAGAACAGACUCGAGAAAUGGAGUAUUAAGAAGUAUUAGCUUGGAUUUAUCAUCUCCACCUAAUGUUGGCCUUCGCCGGAGUGGCCAAAUUGAGGGUGUUCGCCAAAUGCAUAGUAAUGCACCUCGGAGUCAAAUUGCAACAGAAAGAGACCUAAUGGCCUGGAGCAGAAGAGUGGUAGUAAAUGAACUGCAUCCUGGUGUUAUCAGGGUCCAGGAAGAAUGCAGAAUUUCUAAAGGCGAAAUGGAAAUCAGUUUGUACAACACAGAGAAAAAGAGGAAACCAACUAACCCUGCUCAGAGGAAUGAUUAUCAAGCUUUUGGUGGGCGAUCACUUAGACGAAUACAGCGGAAGCGCCAGCAUGCCUACCAGACACGUUCAACCAUUGAACAUGAUGCAAGAGCUAAAGUUCCAAGUACAAAUGGGGAAGAUUCGCAGAGUUCCCCCGAGGAGGAGGAGUCCCAACAUUCAACAGAGGCUUCAGGAGAUGAAGCUGCAGCUCAGUGGCAAUCAGAAACCUCUUCCAGUAAUUCAUCUAGUGAAUAUUCCGACUGGACUGCAGAUGCAGGAAUCAAUCUCCAGCCUCCCAAAAGACAGACACGGCAAACAACAAGGAAAAUGUGCAGCAGUUCAGAGGAUGAGAACGCUAAAGAGGAAGAGAAGCCGAGGAAACACAAACUGACCAGACGGAAGAAACAAAGUGAGCGUCUUUCUAUGGAAGGAGAGCCAAGUGAAGAAUGGAUUCCCCCCCAGUGGAUCUUGGACACCAUCCCACGUCGUUCUCCUUUUGUUCCCCAGAUGGGAGAUGAGGUUAUUUAUUUCAGACAAGGCCAUGAAGCUUAUGUACGAGCAGUAAGGAAGGCUAAAAUAUAUAAUAUUAAUCCACAAAAGGAGCCAUGGAACAAAACGGAUCUCAGGGAUCAAGAAUUUGCUAAGAUUGUAGGAAUUAAGUAUGAGGUGGGGCCGCCUACAUUAUGCUGCUUAAAACUUGCCUUACUGGAUCCUACUUCAGGCAAAAUAACUGCAGACUCUUUCUCUGUUAAAUACCAUGACAUGCCUGAUGUUAUUGACUUCCUUGUCCUUUACCAGUUUUAUAAGGAGGCGAAAGAGAGAAACUGGCAGAUAGGAGACCGGUUUCGAAGCAUUAUUGAUGAUGCAUGGUGGUUUGGCACAGUGGAAAGUCAGCAGCCAUUCCAGACUGAGUAUCCUGACAGUUUAUUCCAGUGCUACAGUGUACACUGGGAUAAUAAUGAAAGAGAAAACAUGAGUCCUUGGGACAUGGAACCAAUUCCAGAUGGCACAGCUUUGCCUGAUGAAAUGGGUGCUGGUGUUCCCGUUACUUCCGAUGAACUGAAGUCUUUGCAGUAUAAACCGGAGGAGGGAGAGUGGGGAUUGUACUCAAGAGAUGAGGUUUGCGAAAGAGUUAUCCAAGGAAUUGAUCAGCUACUUACUCUUGAUUUUGCCAGCCCAUUCAGUGCUCCUGUGGAUCUCAGUGCCUACCCCUUAUACUGCACUGUGGUAGCAUACCCAACAGAUCUAAGCACCACAAGGAAGAGACUGGAGAGCCACUACUAUAGGAGGCUUUCUGCCCUAAUAUGGGAGGUCCGCUAUAUUGAACACAAUGCAAGAACAUUCAAUGAGCCUGACACUCCAAUUGUUAGAACUGCCAAAAUUGUGACAGAUGUGCUGUUGCGUUAUAUUGGGGAUGAGAAUUGUAAUGAUAUAUUAGAGAUCUACAAUCAAGUAAAGACUGAAGAUACUGGCAAUACAGAAGAUGAGGAGGGUGGAGCAGUUGAUAUGGAAUCAGAUGCCCCAGGGACAUCAUCUGGUCGGGCUGUUACCCGUCGCACUAAAAGAGAUCUACUUCGUUCCAAUCCUGAUUCAUGGAAAGAUAAAUGCAAAGAACUACUAGAUUUAAUAUAUGAGCGGGAAGAUUCUGAACCCUUUAGGCAACCAGUCAAUCAAGUCUCAUAUCCUGAUUAUCAGGAUAUUAUUGAAACACCAAUGGAUUUUAGCACCGUGAAAACAACGUUAGAAGCUGGAAAUUAUAGUGACCCGUUGGAAUUUGCUGCAGAUGUUCGACUAAUCUUCAGUAACUCCAAAGCAUACACUCCAAACAAAAAAUCUAGAAUCUACAGUAUGACUCUUCGACUCUCUGCACUAUGUGAAACCUACAUAAAGGAUAUCAUCUCUGACUACAAACUAGCCAUGCAACUCCAACAGAGAACAAGGCGGAAAUACAGAAGGCGAAUUAGGAGCAGCAGCAGCAGCAGCAGCAGCAGCAGCAGCAGUAGUAAUAGAAGAAGAAGUAGUAGUAGUAGUAGUAGUUCUAGUUCAGCAUCCAGCAGAGCAUCCAGCCCAGACACAAAACCUCGGAAAAUGAAGCUUCAACCGAAACUUAAUCAGAACCCUCCACAUCCUCUUCCUAGGAGCAGCUCUUCAUCCACUUCUCAAAUGUCUGAUACUGAUGUAGAGCCUGAUGGAAAGCCUUUUUCUGAAGAUAUGGAUCAAGAGCCAUCUUCAUCUGGAUGCAGCAAACCUGAAACACACAAAGAACAGGAGAAUGUGACCAAGAGCAAAAAUUCUCCUGUGAAAGAGGAACAUACAAAUGGCCCUCUAACAAAUGGCGAUGGAGGAAACACACCAAAAACCAAGAGAAAGUUGCUAAGUUCUUCUGAGGAUGAAAGUCCAGAAGAUGGAGAGCAAAUGGAAGAAAAGCCUGAUAAAAGUCCAGCAUGUUCUCGUGAAAGAGACUCUGAAUCAAGUUUAAGUUCGAAGAGUGAGUCAGAAUCAGAGAGCAGUUCUGAUUCUGAAUCCAUUAAGUCAGAUCAGGAUUAUAUUGAUGGCGACCAUCAUUAUAGCAAAGAGCCCCGUACAAAGUUUAAGAGAAAAUUUUGUAAAUCUGGAGAGGCUAAAACGAGAGGAAGGGGUCGAGGAAGAGGCAGAGGAAGAGGACGUGCAAAAGGUUAUAAUCGUGGUGUGGAGGAAGAGUUAAAAAAAGGUAGGGGCCGGGGCAGAGGAAGAGGAAGAGGAGCAUGGAAAAAAGAACCUUCAAGGACACCGGCAUUAAAACGUGCGCAAUUGACAGAUGAUGAAGAUGAUGACAAUGUGGAUGAUGAAGAAAGUGAUUGUGUAGAGCAACGAAGAAAAAAACCUAGGAUAAACACCAGGAACCAGGGCAGAAGAACUGUGUUAUAUAAUGAUGAGUCUGAUAAUGAGCAUGAUGGUGCGGGGCAAUAUGAUGAUCCCUUAAACCUGGGAACAUCCAGGUCUGGAAGAGUGAGAAAAAUGACGGAAAAGGCCAGAGUGAGUCAUCUGAUGGGAUGGAAUGGGUGAUAAGUACUGGCAACUUAAAAAGAUAUCUAUAUAUACAAAUAGAUUUUAUUUUAAAAUGUACACAGAGGGGUCUUCUACUGCAGGGAUUCUAUCAGAACAAAUUCCAUGGAGAAUAUUUGUCGGCCUGUUAAAUUUUUCCGGUGGUGCUUUUUCCAUGCAAUUGUGUAUGUGUAAAUCAUUCACAUAUUAAGGCCAGCCUUAUUUAUUAGGUCUUAAGCCACAAAAAAAAAUCCAACACUACAUUUUUAAGGGUGCAACUUUUGGCUCAGUAAGAGUGGCAUGAAAUGGUUUUCAUUUUCAUUUUUUUAAAAUCCUAAUUCUAGCUUUUGUGUGUGUGUGUGUGAUUCAGCACCUUUUUACAGAGAUUUUUAUAUGUUUUGUGACUUUAUGCUUCAAAUACAAAAUAUUUUUUUGCACAAGAUACCAACCCUGAGGGCAGCUAGAAAAUGUUUACAGUUUAUAAACCUUUCUGUGGAGCUCCAUUAUAGUAAUCUUCCGAUGCCAAAUGCUUAUUUUCUGAGUUACGCUGAACAACAUAUGUAUUACAGUCUACUUCAUAGCGUUUUCUUUUUGUGUAGGAGUAAUAUCGUGUUUGUGCCUUUGUAAAUAUGGAUGGAUGAAUUAGUGUUUCAUGUCAAAAUGUGCAUUAUGAAAUAUUACAUGACAAAUCUGCACUUGGUAACUUCAACAGAAAUUCAUAUCUGUUGGUAUGGGGAGCGUUUAAUGUAAACAAUUGACAGACUGUUACUUUAAUGGCUAGGAUUUAGCUCCCAUUGUGAUUCUAUAGCACCAAAUCAUGGGUAAGCUUGUUUAGUCUGUGAUUCUACUAUGAAGCAAUACUUUUGCAUUAAAGAGGAAACAUUUUUGUUUUCCUGUAUUUACAAGUAUCCAAAACUUGUGGUUCAAAUUUAACAUGAUGAGGCAAGCUGGUGAACAAUUUUAAAUAGAUGAUGUUUUUGUUUUGUUUGUUAUGAUGAGGAGCCUAUCACAUCUCAUUAAACACUGAAGAAUCUAUUAUGAUAUAAUGAAGGCGUUAGAAUGGGUUGUGUAUUUGUUUAACAAUUCCGCUUAAUUGCAGCACCAGAUUAGUAGAAUGCUAUAUUUGUAUUGCUAAUGAAGAAAAAUAAGUUUCAUUAAUUCCUAAAUAUUGAAUGUCACAUUCUUUUGUUGUUGCCUUGCUAAACAUCCAUACUAUAUAAAUGCUUAUAUUUGUUAAAAAAUCUUAAACACUGUAUCCAAGAAAAGCAGUUAAACCUUUUCAUACAUGUACCAAUGAUAUUGUAUGAAAAGGGAGCUAGGGUAUGGCUGACUUUGGGCACUAUAAAAGUGCAUUGUCAUUAGGUUGUGUAUUUUAAUGUAAAAAUUAAUGCUAUAAAUUCCUACCUUGUUCAGGUUGUGUACUCCAUUACUUUAAGCAUUGUCCAAAUCCAAAUCCGCCUGUAAGUUCUUUUAUUAAGCAGCGUUUUGGACUCUAAAGGCUAUGACACAUGGGAAAUUUUGAAAGAGACCGCCAUCUAUUUAUUUCUAUGGCAGUUGCAUACAGGCAGAGGUGUAGUUGCUUGUUAGAUGAUUGUUGCUUUGGAAACUUUGAAGUCUGUAUUUCCAUGGCCCAACAAGUGAUUGCACCAGUGCUUGCAACUGAAAACUGUCAAUCAUCUUGUGCUACUUCCCUAAAAGCAACCCCAGAUUUACAAAGAAAAAGUGUCACUUUUACACAAGGCUUAUUAUUUUUCUAGCUAGCAUAUGUAAAUAUUUAUUUAUUUCAUGGCAGAAGUGUAAAGUUAGCCAUAAAGGGAAGCUUUAAAAACCUAUUUACUGUUUCAAAGACUUUAUGUUGUUGUUUUAUUAUUGUAUUUGCAUAAUAUUUUUUAUUUGACUACUAUAGUCUUCCUUGUUUAGCUUUUGUUUAUAUUUUGGAUCAUUCCCGCCCAUCUAAUAAUAUUCAUUUAGGCUUAUCCCUUGUAUGGUCUUUUGCAACCUCUAUGGGUCUUUUAACAUCUGGAGUGAGAAGCCACCAUUCCAUAAGAGAACUAAAAUCCUAAACAUGCAAAAUGAGCAUCUUCUUUAAGCAGAAAUUUAGUAAGUAAUGUAAUAUUUUACCACACGAUAAAUAUGUAUACAGUGUCAUGCAAAGCAAUUCUUUUGAUUGUCCCAUAAAUUUGUUUUACAUUUCAGAAUACUUCAUGCACAGUAUGUGGUCUGUAUUUUAUUUGCAAGUUAUUUAUUUGAAAAAACUCUCCGUCAGUUCAGCCAUUGCUGCUGCAUCGGUGACACUGUGUUUGGGGAUAGAUGAAGGACCUAUGGUGUGGAUCAUUAAUGUAAACAGUGUCUGCAUGCUGCUGGAGCUUUGUCCUAUCCCCAAGCCUGACAUGGUUGCUGCAGCAAUAAUGGCUGAAGAAAUGUCUGGGGUUGCCAAGGUUUUAGUUAAAAAAGGGUAUUUUAGGCCAAGAAUUUUAUUAAAUGGAUACUAACAUGUUCAAUAAAAACACAGACAAACCAGUAUCCCUUUAAUAAUGCUUCUUGCAGGGUAAUCGCAUGUUAUCUAGCCUGUGUUUCAGUUAUUUAUAUGAUAAUGUGUACUAUAGGGACUUUGUUGUACACAUCUAGCCAUGCUAGUCCUUGUUUAUAGCACAUUAUAAGCAAUGGGAAUUAAAUACAUCAUAUAACAGUAUUUAUGAAACUGGAGCAGUGCAACAUGGUUACUAUAUUGUUGUACAUUACUUAAGUAAAGUGACCUAUGUGAGGGCCAUAUGUGUUCAGAUAUGUAACUGUCUGUAAAUGACUCACUUUGAACUACAUAGCCAAUUCUAAAGCCUUGUUGUUUUGUACUCCAGACUAGAUGUAUGUAUAUGUAUAUUUUAUUCUUCUCUUUGGUGCACAGAUGAAUUACCAGCAGCAUUUGGUGCUUACUGCAUUCUUUCACAUAUUUGGAUUAAAAGGGCUUCACUUCUCCUUCAUCUCUUAUGUAUUUUUGAUUUGCUCUGCUAGGUUGGGUUUCUUGGCUUCAGAUUGCUCCCUAUUUUAAUCUUUACCAAACCGCUGUUAUUGAAUGUCAUGAGUUUUAUUUUCUAAAAUGUAAUAAGCUCUGGGAUCAUGAAAUCAUAACCCAGUAUUGUAAUUUUUAAAUAAACCAUUUUUUUUUUUAAUUUAUUGCCAAAUGUAAAUCUAACUUAACCUUCAACACCUUAGAAUUGGUAGAAUGCAUCCAAUAUGUGUGGUAGCCACACAACCAUUCUACCACCCAGGCGAUUAGUAGCUUUGAUGACUCUGUUCACUUGUAUGGCUGCAAGGGUAGAUACAUGGGUUAAAAAAGCUGACAAUCACUGCAUUUCUAAAGUACAGUUGCUAGAUAAAGUCCAUCGAAGCUUGCAGGAAGUCAUUUGAACGUAUAAGUCUAUGGAGGGGGGAUGUUUUUGACCCUUGCUCGUGGAGGUCUUAAUUACUGCAAGGACAAAGCUUCAUUAAUUACCUAUGAUACAGCCCUAAAGGAGGUCCAGCCUGCUAAGUAGGGUUUUGUAUCUAUGCAGUUGUAGGGAAUGGAUUUUUCAAUAGAGAAUGUUUGUUAGCUAGCCUCUCACUACUCUUCAGUUUGCCUGUACCAUAGCAAAUAUGGUCUCUUAGGGACUGAGAUUCAAAAUAGGCCCUGCCGUUACAAAUACAAAGUGGGACAAAUAGCUGCCCACAGGCAACUUACAGCAGUAUCUAUGGCAUUUGCCAAAAUUUACAGAUUGCCAAUCCAGGCCUCGACUAUCUAUUAGUAAUCACAGGUUUGAUUCCUUACAACGUAAUACUAUAGAAAACUUCUUGAGGUGUAAUGGUCCUCCAAAAACUUCCUGUAGACUAUUAACUAUGACAUUUGGCAUUAGGGCUGAUAUAUCUGAGUUAUUCUCCCUAAUGCACCCUAAAAUUGUAAUUAGUUUAUGCUAAUGCACUAAUGCAGUUGUAGUGCUGAUGUUUCCUUUCGCCAUACCCUGUUUUUGUCACUCACUGAUAGCUUAGUAAAGACAGCAGAAUACCACCAUUCUCUGAAAUCAUGGCAAAUGUGAUUGUAUCAUGCUGUCUGCUUGUGCUAUUGUAAGCAACCUUCUGUGUUGCAAAUCCAAGCAGGAUUCUUCUGUACCAAUAUCAAAUGUUAAAUUUACUAAAACGUAAACUGCCAAAUAAGUGACCUUGUUAAAAAAAAAAAAAAUUAAGGGUGAAAUAAUUCUAAGAAAUGCUCAUGAGAAAUAUAUUCUUCAGGCUUUUUUAUCAUAGGCAGGAAAAUGUACACAAUAAAAACCUCACUUAUAGGGAAUAGAUUAAAUAAACCCAGAAAGUGAUGGGAUCAUUGCAUGAAUGGUCAACACUGGGGUAAUAUAUAUUACUUAGAAACAGUGAUUGUUGUAUUAGCAGGUUUAUUACCAAUCACCACAAUGUUUUAAGAGUCAGAAUUUAAAAAAAAAAAAAAAAGCCUUUUUUUUUUUUUUUUACUUAAAAUUGCCCUGUGUUGAACAUUCAAGCAAAGCAUUUUAUGGCUUUAAAUUAUCUCCUGGUGCUAUGUACAAUGUAUUAUAAAGUGGUUACUAAGGUCAGACUGGCCUGCCACAGAACCAGAGGAUUUUUCUCCUUUUUCACCGCAGGCCUAUGUAACACCCAUAAUAUUUAUUGUUUGAUGGGUGUGAGCAUAGUGUCUAGAUUUCAGGUUUUCUGGGGGCCCAAGGAGGUCUUAGUCUGACACUGGUAAAGUCCAAAACCUAACAGGGUGUGCUGGGAGUUGCAAAGCAGAUAGCAGCAUCAACCCCGAGCAUUUUGGGGCACACUACACUUUUAGGAAAGCAGCUACAAACCGUUAAAAAGGAGAUAGAAACAUGACUCCAUUGCUUUCCUCUACAGAGAACUUAACUUCAGCCUCACUUCUUGAGUAUUCCUUUUUCCAACAUGUUUCCACCUUGACUUCUGAAAGGCAUAUAUCCAUUUCGAAAUAUCAUGUUUAGACAUUUUUCUUUGAUUUAAACUAAUUUCAGAAAAACUGUUAUGUGACGAUAUAUUGCUUGUGCCCUGGAACAGCAUAUUCAAAGUUGAUUUUUACAUGUAUGUAGAGUUGCCCAGUGUUAAUUUGAAGAAAUUAACAUCUAAAUCAUGUAAAUUUAAGAUUGAUAAACAAUCUAUCUCUUUUACUUUUAUUUUAGUUAUCUUAUUCUGCUCCUCUAAAGGCAUUGCAUCCCAUAGGUUUAUUAAAUACUAUAUGAUAGUCUCUUUUUUUUUUUUUUUUAAAUAUCUCCCUGCAUGUAAGAUCCUUGGAAGGAACAAUAUGGUUUGUUGAUUAUUGCAUGUAUUACAGUGGCGUCAAUGCCAAAGCAACCUGUUUUUAUAGAUAAAACUUCCCUGCCUGUGGCCAACACCCUUGUAGUUUAACAGCUGUAGGGUCUCGUUAAUUUUGCUGCUAUGAUGGAGCUUACGGACCAUUAGUUUUAGUUAAUGUACAUUCUUAUGUGAACAUGUAGCUUAUCUGUGAAUUUAAAAAAAAAAAAAUUCUGCUUGGAAAUUGUUAAUAACAAAAUAGUCUCCCAUUUUACUUAUAUGCAUUCUCAUUAGUUCUUGAUUUAUAACCUUUCCACCCUCAAUGUCAUUCUUUCAUUUUAAUUUGACUAUAUUUAAUUGAGCUUUAAAAGCCAUGUGACACAAUAUAAAGGCAGGGUUCAAUAUAUGGCUUCUCUCUACAUUAGCCAUGAGCAGUAGAGCAAGUACAUUCAUGAUCAUUCUGCCAUCUCAUGGAAUUUAACUUAAUGCCUACUGUGACCAAUCAAAAUCCAGAGACUGCCAUCUUGAAAAUCUGUUAAUAACUUCCCAUUGCAUGGUGGGUUACAAUCUUUGGUGCUUUAUUAAAUAGGUUUAUAGAUAAAAUAGGUUUAGGAUUUUUAAGGUUUGCCAAGUAUUUCUCUGCUUCUGGUUUGGUAUUAGCGCCACAUUGUAUAAACUCAUUCCACAAAUGCAUUAAAUGGCCUCAUCACAUGGGUUGGACUUAUGCAUUACAAUUUUAUUAAGAUGCUUUGUCAAGUUUUUACUGAACGUCUGAUGUCUCAGGUCUUAUGAAAUAAUUCAGGGAUUUUUUUAUUGC